CUAUACACCGUGAACGCGUCUUGCGCUCUACGUGCCUGCAAUCUCCGCCUUGCUAGCAAGAGAGAGGCGGACCAGUUAGAAGUCGGAGUUGAAAACACUUUUGCUUUUUAACUCUGCCCAAAGCGGUGGAAAACCAGAGAGAAGUGCAGACAUGCGGGUGGCAGUGAUUGGGGCAGGAGUGAUUGGCCUGUCAACAGCUCAGAGCAUCUAUGAGCACUAUCACUCUAUUGUCAGUCCGCUGACCAUCGAGGUGUAUGCAGACAAGUUCACUCCACUGACCACUAGUGAUGGAGCAGCCGGCUUCUGGCAGCCUUAUCUGUAUGAUAAGGGCAACGUUCAGGAGACAAAAUGGAAUAAAGAGACAUUCGACUACUUGCUCAGCUUUCUCAAGUCACCUGAGUCCAUAAAAAUGGGAAUAUUCCUUGAGUCUGGCUACAACCUUUGCAGUGAACCCGCACCAGAUCCCUCGUUUAAGGACAGCGUUCUCGGCUUCAGGCAGCUCACAGAGCGAGAGCUGCAGAUUUUUCCUGGAUACAAGUAUGGGUGGUUCAACACUGCUCUCAUGGUAGAGGGUAAAACAUACUUACCUUGGCUUAUGGAGUGGUUGCGAAAGAGGGGAGUGAAAUUUUAUCACAGGAAAAUAAAGUCCUUCAAGGAGCUGGCUGAAACCGGAGCAGAUGUGAUCAUAAACUGCAGUGGGAUGUGGUCAGGCCAACUGCAGCCAGAUCCAGACCUGAAACCAGGCCGUGGCCAGAUAUUGAAGGUUGAUGCUCCCUGGCUGAAGCACUGGAUUAUUACCCACGAUUUCACCAAAGGAACAUACAAUUCACCAUAUAUCAUUCCAGGAAGUCGUCUUGUGACGGUUGGCGGCGUUUUCCAGGUGGGAAACUGGAGUGAACAGAAUAGCUCUGUCGACCAUAAAGAAAUCUGGGAAAAAGCUUGUCAGCUUGAGCCUAGUCUCAAGCAUGCCAGGAUAGUCGACGACUGGUCUGGCCUCAGGCCUGUUCGCAGCAAAGUCCGACUGGAGAGGGAAGCCAUAUGGUCUGGUGAAACCCCCAUAGAGGUGAUACACAACUAUGGCCACGGAGGUUUCGGACUCACCAUUCACCGAGGCUGUGCCGAGGAAGCGGCGAGGCUCUUUGGUCAGAUCGUGGAACAAAAAGGCAAAGGUCCAAAAGCUCGCUUGUGAAUAGCUGUGCAGAAGUAACGAUUGAUGCUCUUUUUUUCAAAUGUCAGCAUCAGUGCACAUAUUGCUCCGAGCCUCCACUAAUUUAAUAUUAAACAUCAUUUUCAAACAGUCUCGUGCACCUGCAAAGUUAAGGACAAGGCCACCAUUGUUAAUUAAACAAUGGCACAUAUGUAAGAAAAUCAUGCUGAAAUCUAUUCGAGAUUUGGAUAAUUUGAGAAGCACUUUUUAUGUAUAAAUUGUACAUAUUUUAGUGAAUUUAUAGUGCACUAAAUGCAAGAUUUGCAACUAAUUAAAAAUAUUUAACUAAUAAAUUAAUAAAAACAUGA